GCUCGAAUCUUGUGUGUUGCAGGCGGUCAGUGUUUAGUGAGGGGGUCUAUCAGCAGCGGCUCCUCUCCUUUCGUGACGACUUUGGUGCGCUGUGUGAGGAGCAACUGCCGAACGCAACACAAAUGUUUAGUCUCGCCGACGCACUGUACUCCUUCUAUAGUUACGAGUGGAUCGAACUACUAUACGCAAAUUCAGAUUACAUCGAGGUUGUCGAUGAGGAGUGGCGACUCGAGGACAAAAGCAACGCUACACUCAACGUGGACACUGACUGCAUGCAGCUGUUGGCGAACGUCCUGGACCACCCCAUAUGCCCACUGGAAGACCUGCCACCAGAAACCAUUGAGCAGCGCGAGCAGUGCCGUGUGCAGCUGUGGGAUGACAUGGUGCAAAGGUCGCCCCACAUACCUGUGACCAGCUACCUGGCGUACACACAGAGGGUAAAUGUCAACCUCUGCCUCUUGGCCUGGAUGGCUGUCAAUUCGCUUGGUAUUUGUCAGGACGUCCCAUUUAGUAUGAUGCAGUCUGUGCAUGAUGCUCGCUGCUAUUUCGAUACUCCUGACAACCAAUCGUGUCUCGAAUCUAAGGAUACGUACGCCAUCUGCUCUGUUUCCAGAGCUAUUGUGUUGCUGAAGUGUCGCGAUUUUUUCUUCGUUAACCCUCCUAAGUUAUGUGGCGUCUAUAUUUACAGAAAUGGAUCUUACUCAAUGACGUUGAAUGCAAAGUGGUAUGAAGGGGGAUACAAAGGCUAUGGAAAGCCAACAGAAAUAACACUGAACUACAAAGAGAGUCUAAACAGUGCCACCUUGAAAUACAAGGAUUUUAAAAUAGACAGCUUAAGGCAUUUAGAAAUCUCAUUUAUAGCUGUAAAUAUUCUCUUCCGUUUGUUGACUGCUGGACUGUACACGUACUUUCCCCAUUUAGGUAAUUUGCCUGGAAAGAUAUUCUUGUCCUUUCAGAUCACAGGUAUAAUACAGAUCACGUGUUCUGAGAUCUUAUAUCGAAUGGCAGGUAUUCCCGACUUAUCUACGAUGAUAGUGAUCGAUAGCGCUCUCACACUUCUCAGCUGUAUCUGGUUGAACUCAUUCUGCUACCAAAUGUACUCAUGCAUUCGUCAUCUCAGGCUACCCAACGACCUACUACCUGCUGAAACAAGAAAGAUAUUCUGUCAUCAGAUGCUCCUUGCACUAAUAGUCUGCAGUGUAUUAUGCACAGCGAGUAUCGCUCUGGAAAAAACGAUUAUUAGAAUUGGGUUCCACCAGGCUCAAGGCAUAGCACAAUUUGUCUAUUAUGUACAUAUAGCUUCAAUGAUGCAGGGACCACUGCUGUUCAUUCUUUUCAUUUGUAACAAGUCAACGCUACCUGUGCUCAAGAACAGAAUACUGGCGUGGUGGGACCCAGACAUAAUCGUUCCAGGACAAGAACUAUGUUCAUCAGCUGAGAGAAAUUUGGCAAACAGAAUCAAUAAACAAUCUCCGAUUGCUGACUCGUCGUUUUAAUCACCAUGAGUAAAGGACUGUUUUCAUUGUAGAUGGCACUGAAGCCAGUGAUCAGUUGUAAGAGUUGAAUCUGCGACAAAAUUAACUGGGACUGAUAUCAUAAAACCAGUGCCUCUGUUUUCUAAUUUGUUCUUGACAUAUAAUGGCAUGGUUAUUUGAACACACUAGUGCCUGUCGAAUUUUAAUCCACCGAGAUUAAUUAAUAACUUACUAAAACUGAAUCUCCAUGAAAAUAAGUGGAGCUUUUUGUUACUACUUCUUCUACCCAACCAUAUUAUGAAAUAUUGACUCGAAUCUCUUGUGUCUCGGCGCAAAUGGAACACUCCGAGAUGCUGUAUUCGACUGAUCUUGUAAUUACUUUAAUCUGGGACGUUUACACGACUUUCAUCGCUGGCAGUGAUUCGUUUAUAUGAAAAUUAUUGUACCGGAAUAAAUCUUUUAUUGAGGAGGAAAUUUUCGUUGUAUGUUUACCUAUUUACACAUCUUGUUAAUUAAAAUCACUCAUGUUAUCUUAAAUAUGGAAAUAUGUGUGCAAAAAUUGUAUAUGUGUAUGGUUUGUAAUUUAAGUAGCAUGUGAUGACAAAUUUCAAUGUAAAAUUGGGGGCACCGAGAGAGAGAGAACAUCUGAAGGGAAUUAGUGUGCUGAUGGAUGUACAUUGGCGUUUGUUGUGCUGAUUAUUGGUUCGAUUCGAUGGAGUAGCACAAAAAGGUAUAGUACAGAAUACUAAAAUACAGUCUCAAUUCUCACGAAUUGUUAAAGGACAGAGAUUGGAGUAAGGUCGUUUGUAGGACGGCAUGGUGACUUAUUGAGCGAGAGAUACGUAAAGGUGUUAUAGAAGCAGGUAAAAUUUUAUUUGUAUCCCCUGCGCUACUCUUAAACAAUGAAGCAUUUUAUUUAAUAGGGCAUCUAUAUAAACAUUAUUGUGGGAGAAAAGGAAUA